CAUGCGUCAUUACGUAGAGGAUGUGAGUGGCUGAAGUUGCUGUCCGAUUGCUUUGGAAAGGUGGUACUUAGAAGACAAUCCACUUUUCAUCUCUCCUUAGCCCCACGACGUAAUGUCAUUAUGUAAUUGACUGAAAGGUGUCAUAAAUUUUCGGACACGCCAAGAAUCCGCUCAAUCUCGCUUCUGCUUCGAUUCGAUUUGAGCGCACGUUGAAACUUCGAGGCCUGCUUAGCUUAGCCUAGCCUAGCCUAGUUUAGCGGGUAACAAAGAGAAGAAACGCCGCGCCUGGGAUCAACACGUCGCCGAGCAACCAAACAUCAAGUCCCAAUAUGUCUGAUGUCAGUCAAGCGCAUCAUCCUGAAUGCCAGGAGUCUGCUCGCUUGGAAGAAGAAGAGGAGGAGGAUGAGUCGCUAUACGUCAAGAAGGUGGAGGAAAAAUGUGUCCACAUUAAAGAGGAGCAGGAGGAGUAUUUCAUUAGAGUGGUGAACCCCCACAUUGAGGAGCAGCAGCAACCUCAUCCCCUCAAAAAGGAGGAGCACCCGCAAUAUGUUAAAGUGGAGGUGGUGGACAUCCCCAAGUGGACUAGUGAUUCCUUGAAGGGCGAAGAUGGAGGUUCGACUGAGAGAGCAGACAACCUCAUCGCUCGAUCAUCAGAGAGUGACGACUUCAUAUCACACUCGCUGUUCUGUUUCAGAAAAUAUCUUUGUCGUGAGCGGCAGGAGUCAAAGUCUCCUGGCAUUAAAGAGGAAGUUGAGCACCCGCAAAUGAAAAAGGAAAAGCCAGACGACCAUCAACAACAAAAGAGGGAAGAACAACUUCCAAUCAAAAAGGAGGAGCCAGAGCUUAUGUUAGAGGUAGAGCCAUAUGUUAAAGAGGAGGAUGAUGUCACCAGGCCAGAUGGUGAGCUUUUAAAAUGUGAAGAGGUCCUGAGUGAGACCAGCAGACUUGCGGUGUCUCCAAGCGGCAGCAGCUCAACAGAAGGAUUGCAAGCUGACAGUUUCACCGCUCCACUAUCAGAUUGCGAAGAUGCCAUGUCACACUCGCUUGACAGUGAGGAUGAAGGUCUUAAGAAAGCUGACAGUGACGUCAAACCCAAAUGCUCUCAUUGUGGGAAAACCUUUGUUAAUAAGUUUACUUGGCGUAGGCAUAUGGGGAGCUACACUGGAGAAAAACGUUUUACGUGCGCAGUUUGUGGCAAAAGAUGGAGUUGCAAGAGCCACCUAACAACACACACAAGAACCCACACUGGAGAAAAACCUUUUCCCUGCUCAAUUUGCAGCCAACGAUUCUCUCAGGAGCAUCACUUAAAACAACACACAAGAACCCACACUGGAGAAAAACCUUUUUCCUGCUCAGUGUGUGGUCAAAGAUUCUCUCACAGGGCAAACAUGAAAAAACACAAAAGAAAGCAUACUGGUGAAAAUCCUUCUUCCUGCUCAGUUUGCGACCAAAGAUUCAGUUGCAAGAGCCACUUAACAACACACACAAGAACCCACACAGGAGACAAAACUUUUACCUGUGCGGUUUGUGGCAAAAGAUGUAGAUACAAGAGCCAACUAACAGCACACACAAGAACGCACACUGGAGAAAAACCUUUUCCCUGCUCAGUUUGCGGCCAACGUUUCUCUCAGAAGCAUCACUUAAAACAACACACAAGAACCCACACUGGAGAAAAACCUUUUUCCUGCCCAGUCUUUGGUCAGAGAUUCUCUGACAAGGAAAACCUGAAAAAACACAAAAGAAACCAUACUGGUGAAAAUCCUUCUUCCUGUUCAGUUUGCGACCAAGGAUUCAGUUGCAAGAGCCACUUAACAACACACACAAGAACCCACACAGGAGAAAAAACUUUGACCUGUGCAGUUUGUGGCAAAAUAUGUAGAUACAAGAGCCAACUAACAACACACACAAGAACCCACACUGGAGAAAAACCUUUUCCCUGCUCAUUUUGCGGCCAACGAUUCUUUCAGAAGCCUCACUUAAAACAACACACAAGAACCCACACUGGAGAAAAACCUUUUUCCUGCUCAGUGUGUGGUCUAAGAUUCUCUCACAGGGGAAACAUGAAAAAACACACAAGAAACCAUACUGGUGAAAAUCCUUUUUCCUGCUCAGUAUGCGACCAAAAAUUCAGUUGCAAGAGCCAAAUAACAGCACACACAAGAACCCACACUGGAGAAAAACCUUUUCCCUGCUCAAUUUGUGGCCAACGAUUCUCUCAGAAGCAUCACUUAAAACAACACACAAGAACCCACACUGGAGAAAAACCUUUUUCCUGCUCAGUCUGUGGUCGAAGAUUCUCUCACAAGGGAAACCUAAAUCAACACACAAGAACCCACACUGGAGAAAAACCUUUUUCCUGCUCAGUCUGUGGUCGAAGAUUCUCUGAGAAGGGAAGCCUGAAAAAACACACAAGAACCCACACUGGACACGGAGCUACGUCACACAGCCUACUCUUCUCCCAUUUGCACACUGCUGUCAACCUGUCACUCUUCUAACUCGCCGACUCAUCGGAGGAAAACGACGAUUAAUAUGGCUCAUCUUCUUCUUUGAGGUGGUGAAAUAUUGCAUUAGCUUGCACUAAAUUUAGUUUUUAAUGUAUUCCGCACAUUUCAAAGUCACUCGCUCAAUCCAACCGGCCGUCGCUCGCUCCCAUGUCUCCCUUUCCUUAGGUGGCGCCUCGCUCGGCAAUUUAUUAAAAAUGUUCGCAUUAGGUUCUCCUGGGAUAUGUAGUCUUUCGUGCUGCUUUCGGUUUUGAAAAAGGACAUGAAAUUAUGUAAAUACGGAGAGAAACACAUAGUCCAUGCAGCGUUUUAAUGCUUAUUAAUAACUCAAAUGACAUUUUCUCCCGUUUUACCUGGUAGAUUGUCUUCAAAUAAAAACUGGCGUGGACCUCAACUUCCGCACUUUCAAAUGAGACGAACCAGCGGCAUGUGGGCGACUUACUUACAGCGUGCUGAGGCUUCAAAGAUGAGAUGCGUAAAUGUGUUGCCUCCGACACGUUCGGUGGUAAAGGGUUAACAACACACACAAGAACCCACACUGGAGAAAAAUGUUUUACCGGCGCAGUUUGUAGCAAAAGCUUCUCUUACAAGGGAAGUCUAAUACAAAAAAGAACCCACACUGGUGAAAAUCCUUUUUUUACUGUUAAGUUUGUGACCAAAGAUUCAGUUGCAAGAGCCACUUAACAGCACACACAAGAACUCACACUGGAGAAAAACCUUUUUCAUGCUCAGUUGUGGCUAAGGAUUCCGUUCAAAGGGAAACCUAACAAGAACACACACAAGAAUCCACACUGAAGAAUCUUUUCCUGCUCAAUUUGUGGUCAGAUUCUCUAAGGGAAACCUUAAUACAACAAAUAAGAACCUACAAUGGUGAAAAACCUUUUUUGUGCUCAGUUUGUGGUCAACGAUUCAAUCAGAAGGAUCAGGUUAAGAGAUGUGUGAGAAGCGGUGGCUAACGACGAUUUUACCUGCAUGUCAA